UAACGGAUUUCCAUUUCCUGUCUAUGUGUUGUGAUUGUUACUCUGACACACGGCAUGUUCAGUUGCCAAUGUAGUAUUGCUUGUGUGUUUAUGUGGAAUAGUUUUCUUAAAGUGUGCAUUCUUGCGAUCGAAAGAUGUGUUGUUACGGUUUUUUUUCACAGUCAAGUUAGAUAUUUUGCAAAAAUUUGCGUGGGUCUAUAACAAUUACCCGGAGUGAAAUCAUGUCUUCGCUCGAACCUUUGUGCAAUUUACGCCGGAAUCCGUGUAGCCUGGAACAUGUAGCUGCGGUGGUCUCUGCUGCGGUGUUGUGUCAUCGAGCUGCAAUGAUGAACCCAAUCAAACCUCCUGAAAAAGUACGAGAGAUCAUCGCAUUGCCACCUGCCAUUGAGCAAAAGAUCGAACGAUUUAUGCCAAUUGUAAAGCACCAAACUGAAUCGUGGUGUAAUUUUUAUGAUGGAAAGAUAUUCUUCUAUAAACUGGGUCGUCGAGCUCAGAAAUAUUUUCACGUGUUGGUUUGGUCAGGCGAUGGUGCCAUUAAUUACGAAGAAACCGCUCGAGAAAUGCUGAAGCAAGACGAUUUGAAUGCUGCGGAGAAGUACAGAAUUGCUUGCAAUCAUUGUUUGAAAAACGAGAUCCGAACAUUGUGGUCAAAUUUGAAGACAAAGAUUAACUUGCGAAACGCCGUACGACGUUAUCCAUUGGUGUAUUAUUGGGAGUGCGUUUGCAGAAAGGGUGAGACUACCAGAUUGACUAAAUAUAUCAUCGAGAAAGUGUUCAAUGGUGGAUACAACUACCCAGCUUGUGCUGCUGAUUAUUUCUUUAAUCGACUGAAUUUUGAUAAACAAAUUAAUUUCCUCAAAAAAAGCUACCUGCGAAAAAUGUCCUUCAGAAGUUGGGAAAAUUUUCUGAUGAAAUUGACUAACAAAGAAUUGGAGACGUUGCUGUACGGCGCCGAUGUAUUGAAAUACGUUCUUCUUGAUGGGCUCGACAUUUUGACAUAUUUGAUGAGAUUUUGGAUGCAUGCAGAUUUUGUGGUGCAGGUUUGGAUGCGUAUACGAGAUCGGUAUUGGUCAGGCGCAUUUAUUUGUCUGAUCGAAGAAUUUUUCUCAUGCAGGAAGUUCGACAUUCAUUCUACUGAUCAUAUUUCUCUGGCUGUAGAAAUCUUCAAUCUUGCUCCUUACGAAUUGCAGAAAGCUGUAUCCGAUGAUUACAUACAGUUGAAGUGGUGGGGUCGUAAAUUGAACUUGACGGACGUUCGAUUAGACGUUGCCAUUUUAUCAACCAUUGAUUCGAAUUAUAGACAGCACGAAUUCUGGGCAAUGCAUUGGAUCGAUGUGUUCAAGAAAUAUCCUACGGAUUGUUUCCAGCAAUUUAUGGACGUAUGUUGCGAAGAAGAGGGAACUGAAGAAUUCAAAAUGGAAGUUAUGUAUUCGCAGGAUAAUUGGUCAGCAGAUUAUUGCUACACUUUAUUCACUGGAAUGCGAUUUUCCGAAUUGGAUCGAUUUAUCAGCAUAUUUUCGUCAGAUCAUAUGAAAACCAAACAGAUGAUAUUGCGACAGAACUUCUACGGGUGCGCCAAUUGGUUUGAAACAGAUAAAUUCAUCUUUCCUCCGCCUAAUCAGCUCGUUGAUUUUAUCGAAGGGUCGUUUGAAAAUAUUCGAUCAGCCAAUGAAUUUAAAAUGGGAAUUUUAUCGUCGGUGAAUUUUUUGAAAGGAUGUUAUAAAGUUGCUGGAAAUGAUAUGUUUGGUUGGCUGAAGGAUGCUGUGUGGAUGUGUAGUUGUAACGAUGAUGAUUUCAAACUGUAUAAAAGUAAGUUUUUACAGCGUGGUGUCGAGCUGGCGAAAAAGUCUGAAAUUCCCUAUUUUUUCAAAGAUCGCGGUUGGAAGUCGUUUUUGAAAUGGUGUUCGGACGAGUGUUGAGUAGUCUCGAAUUUUGCGUUUAAAUUGACGCUUCAAAUUAAUGAGUUAUUUUAGGUUUAAUUUAGUUGAUUAUAGUAAGAGUUUUGUUGAUUUGUAUUUUUUGCUUUUUUUCUAUUAAUUGACGCUAAAAUAAUAAUAUUAUGUACGAGUUGCAAUUCUUGUAGGUAUUUUUUAUUUCAUCGUUAAAUUCACAAUUUGUGGUUUAGUUUUUAGUUGAUUUGAGUAUAAGAAUGUGUUUCAAUUUUUCUUUUGUAUUUUUUGUUUUUUUUCCUAUUACUUAAUUAACGCAAAAAUAAAUAGAUACGAUUUUCA